AUGCGCAGAAAGCUCCUGCCGAUGGCCGGCCUCUACCUGGUACAGGGCCUGCCGUACGGGCUGCAAUCUGGUCUGCUGCCCAUGCUGCUGCGGGCCGGUGGCCUCUCCUUGACUCGUGUCGGGCUGGCCAAGGGACUGUAUGCACCAUGGCUGUUCAAGCUGGUGUGGGCCCCACUAGUGGACACGAGAGGUUCCCCACGGGUUUGGUUGACGCUCAGCACGGCUGCACUGGGCGUACUGUGUGGGUUGCUGGCAGUGUUUCCUCCAGCUGAGGGCAGCCAGGUUGGGCUGUCCACCACUGCAGCAGGACUGCUCCUCUUGCUGAAUCUGGGAGCAGCAGUGCAGGACGUGGCUCUGGACACACUUGCUGUACAACUCCUGGAGCCCUCUGAGCUGGGCCCGGGGAACACAGUGCAGGUGGUUGCCUACAAACUGGGAGCAGCACUGGCGGGGGGUGGGCUGCUGGCCCUGGUGCCCACUCUCUCCUGGCCCCUGCUCUUCCUUCUCCUGGCUGCCGUCUAUCUGCUGGCUGCUGCUCUGGCCUGGGCGACACCGGCCCUGCAGCACCUGUCACCACCCCAGCCUUCAGCAACGCCCCCACGGCCUCAGCAUCAACUGCAGGCCGUGUUGGCCGUGCCUGGGACACUAUGGCUGGCUGGCUUCGUGCUCACCUACAAGUUAGGUGAGCAGGGUGCUGGAAGCCUGUUUCCACUUCUGUUGUUGGACCGUGGCACCUCUGCCCAGGAGCUGGGGCUGUGGAAUGGCGUGGGGGCUGUGCUCUGCUCCAUCGCUGGCUCCUCACUGGGUGGGGCCUUGCUGGUCAGACAUCGGCAGCCGCUGCCCCUCCUGAGGCCAGUAAUCAAGCUCCGUUUGGGAAGUCUCGCCUGCCAGACUGCCCUGCUCUUCCGGCUGGACACCCUGGGGACUGGUGUGGGUCCUAGCCCGGUCCUGAAAGGGGUGGCCUUGCUGAACCUGUGUCUGCAGCACUUCCUGGGCGGCCUGGUCACUACCAUCACUUUCACCCUGAUGAUGCGCUGUAGCCAGCUUGCACCUGGUGCCUUGCAGGCUACACACUACAGUCUCCUGGCCACUCUGGAGCUACUCGGGAAACUCUUGCUGAGCACACUGGCUGGCGCGCUGGCCGAUGGCCUGGGGCUUCGGCCUUGCUUCUCACUGUUCCUGGCUCUUUCGGCUGUGCCCGCUCUCUACCUGGGCCUGGCGCCCCCUUCCCUGACCCGAUAG